AAUAUCAACAAAAUGGUAGAAUGCGUGUUUUCUGAAAUUACUGCCUGAAUUGUUGUGAUUUUAUGAAUAGAACUGAUAUAAUUUAGUGAGAUUUUAAAAUGACUAGUUUAAUUGACAAAAUUGAGCUUCUAAUUAAAAGAGAGAAGACCUCCCCGGACAGAAAAAAGAAAGAUGAACCCGCAAAAUCCUCAAGUGAAAUUCUGUCCGAACUUUUCAGUGUUUUCAAUGCUGACCCGCCAAAGAUUGAGGAGCUCUCUUCUAAAAAGUCCAAAAAGAGUAAAAAGAAGCACAAGAAGGAGAAGAAGAAGCGCAGUCGCAGCAGCGGCAGCGAUGACUCCGACCGCAGUGAGUACUCGCGCAAGCGGAAGAAAAGGAAAAAGAGUAAAUCUAAGAAGCACAAAAGUAGCCGAGACUCGUCCCGCUCUCGCUCCAGCUCCCCCACACACAUCAAACCCGACCCCGACUUACUCAAAAUAAAAGCUGAAAGAAUCAAAACUGAGAAGGUUAAAGAAGAACCUAAGGUUAAGUCUGAGCCUAAAGAAGAGAAACAUCGGAGGGUCUCUGUCAAAAGCGAAGACCCAAACAACGUAAGCAUCUGUGUGGACAGUUACGAUCUCAGCAGCAUUCCCCUGCCUGAUGACUGUAAACUGGACAGCAAUGACCUAAGACGUCAGUUGGACAGCAAAAAGAAUGAACAUGCAGAAAAUGAUAAAACGAAAGGGAAAAUUCAAAUAAAGAACCUGAAGUUCAGUGCAGUGUUUGAGGAAACUGUCAAGAAGGCUGAAGAGGAACGCAGGAGAAAGGCAGAAAAGACUGAGGAAGGAGAAUACACAGACUCAUCUAGUUGUUCCGAUAAAGAAGACUUUUCCAACCCACAGUUCCCACGGUCGUCAGACCCUGGGGGCAUACUGAAGAAACAAGCUGCAGAAAAAAUACCUGAAGAUGACACAAAUAGUUCAAAAAAGAGAGACAUAGAUAAAUCAUCUAAAAAAGACAGGAGCAGAUCACAUAAGAGAUCCAGAUCCCGCUCAUCCCGUCGUGACCAUUCCUCCUCCCGUCGAGAUCACUCCCACUCUCGACACAGAAGUCGUUCUCGACACCGCAGUCGCUCUCGACACCGCAGUCGGUCAAGGCAUCGCAGUCGUUCAAGGCACCGCAGUCGCUCAAGGCAUCGCAGUGGAUCGAGGCACAGGUCGUCCGGGAGAAGGUCAAGGUCGCCGCGGCACCGGUCCAGGCAUCUGUCACCACGGCAUAGGAGUCGCAGAUCACCAACAGGCGUGCGCCUAGCGGACAGCGAGAAGAAACGCCUUCUCGAAGUGGCUCGACGCAACGCCAUCAACAUGUUGAAGAACGGGCUGGUCCCCGCCGGCGCCGCCGCGCUGCCGCCGCACACGCGGAGCCAGGUCAUGGCCGCCAUACAGUCUGGGGGUAAAUCCGUGGACGAGCUGACAGACUUCUGCAAGCACCUGUCCAAGAAGGAAGCGCUCGGAGAGUUGUCUUCAGUGUCGUCUCAUGACGACGACAGUGAGAACGAAGACACGCUGGCUUUCCACCAUCCAUUCUUGGUGAAGGAGAAGGCUCCUAUUGUCAUGAAUAUAAGGGGCGGCGCGCCCCUCCCCGUGAAGUCCACAACACUAGCAGUCGCCAACAAGGAGGAGCUGCGCCUGCAGUUCCCCGUGUCGUCCGGCUCGCAGCAUAGAGACACCGAGUGGGUGCCCGUGUCGCCGAAGAAGGACGCCAGUAAUAAAGUGCAAAAACUUGGCAAUGGAAAAGGAGCGAAUAGUUUAGAUAAAAGUAAAACGCAAAUCGCUAAACUGAAUUCGAAACCUCCAAAGCCAGCCCCCGUUCCAGCAAUAGCUGAUAAGCCAGCUAUUCCCGCCAUCAUGCCGGCGCCGCCGCCGGAGCCGCAGGUCUCCAACACCGCUAUGGCGCCCUUCAUCACGGGAUUCUCAUCCAGUGCAGUGCUGCAGAGUACGCCGGCCGCGACGCCCGCGCCGCUCGCGCUGCCCGCGCCCGGCCCGCAGGUGUACCCGCCGGGAAUCGAGCCGCCAAAGAUUGACAUCCGAGCAAUAGUAUCUGAGAAGUUGUCUAUGAUUCGCAAAGAGCAAGAAAAGAGUGAAAUGAACUUUGUUCGCGGGUUCGGAACUAAAGAGUCGAGGAACUUGGGUCAAUUCACCGGAUCCACCGGGGCUCAGAUACUCACGCCAAGGGAACUGGCUAGCGGGACGCAAGCUUGGGCCAAGAAGGACCAACUGACCCGAGCCGCCCCAGUAGCCGGGGGCAUGGGAAUGCACCUCCUACAGAAGAUGGGCUGGACGCCUGGUCGCGGGCUCGGCAAGGAGGGCACGGGCGCUCUUCAGCCGCUGCUUCUGGAGGUGAAGCUGGACACCAGGGGGCUGCAGGCCAAGGAGGAGGCCGCGGGGCGCGGGGGGAACAAGGGCCCCCGCGGCGCACACCGCCCCGCCAAGCCGGGCGGCGGCCCCGCGCCCCUGGUGGCCGGCGGGAAGCACCCCGUGUCUCUGCUCGGAGAGUACUGUUCCAAGCACAAGCUUGGCCCGCCCGAGUACAAUCUGUGCUUCGAGUGUGGGCCGGAUCAUAAGAAGAACUUCUUGUUUAAGGUGAAGGUGGCCAACACAGAGUACCAGCCGGCGGUGGCGAGCGCCAACAAGAAACAAGCGAAGGCAGACGCCGCGCAACUCGCCCUGCAAAAACUUGGGAUUUUAACAUGAAUAUUAAUUUUAUUACUCGAGUUUUGCAAAGCUAAUUUUACAGUAGAACAAACGAUUGUGAUGGUGUAAAAUCUAGAAAACAAAUGAACUUAGCUAAUCUAACCCAUCAACCAGAAAACAUAGCCAAUGCCCCAUUGUUUUUUAAUAACGAUCAUAAAAAUGUAACCAUAACAAAUGAUACUAUAAAAUCUCAUUUUAUUCCGCUACUAAGUUAGCUUUGCACAACUAGGCAGUAGACAUCCACUAUUAACCCACAUAAUAAAAAAUAUUUUAAUUCCAGGGUCUUGGAUCAACAAUUACACAUUUUAUAGUCAAUAGUAUGUGUUAUUCGAUAAGGCAAUAAGUUAAAGUUACACUAGAUAGUUUGAAGUAGGUUUUAUAGUGAUAUUUAAAAUUAGUUUCAGUUUUAGGCACCUUGCUAGUUGAUUGCUGAAUACAUUGUAUUUAAUAAA